GUUGUGAUAAACUUAUUAAAUAGAUUUGUUUCUGACUUGACUUUGUUUUAUGGUGGAUGUGGUAAGCUUGAACAAACUUUGUUAACCUUGAGUGGCUCAAAAAUAAUUUGAAGAAUGCCCGUGAACACUUAUUUCGACAUCACAAUUGGAGGGGAAGCUGCGGGCAGAAUCACUAUGGAGUUGCGGGAUGAUGUGGUUCCGAAAACUGUCGAGAACUUCAAACUUCUCUGUACAGGAGAAAAAGGUUAUGGCUACCAGGAUUCCAUUUUUCACCGCAUCAUCCCUGGCUUCAUGUGUCAAGGGGGAGACUUCACCCGUCACAAUGGAACAGGCGGCAAGAGUAUAUGGGGUGAGAAAUUUGCGGACGAAAACUUCACGCUGAAACAUACUGGAAAGGGCAUACUCUCUAUGGCCAAUUGUGGACCUAACACUAAUGGCUCUCAAUUCUUCCUCUGCACCGCCAAGACAUCAUGGUUGGAUGGAAAACACGUGGUGUUCGGCAAGGUUGUAGAUGGACUGGAGUUCAGUGAAAAGGCAAUAAAGUUGCUGUCAGAAGAAAACAACUUCAAUUUGGUCGAAUCUUCAAUUGAAAGUUUCGGCAAAAUAUUCAAAAGUCUAGACGGAAGAAUCCAGAUGUUCAACGGAGAUUUGUUCCAGUUUUCGUCUAGAUUCCUGAAUGAUGGCAUAGAAAUUGGCGCUGUACUCGACAAAGGGAGUUUGAUUGCUAUUGACCCGGAAUUGAGGGGAAAAUAUUUCGAAUUGAUGAAAAAUCUCUGUGCCGAAAAAUGCAGGUACAUCAUAGCUCUCUGUGAUCACGACCUCCCUAACAACGAGCCCCACCGAAUCCCACUGCAACAAGUGUGCACCCAUCUGGGCAACCUAGGCUUUAGAAUGACAGACUAUUUCAAAGGGAAUAACUUUGAAGGGAUGUCUGGAGAUGUGAUAGAAAUUAUCAAGUCUGUGGCGACAUAUUUUCGUGAAGAUGCAUAUUUGUUUGAGAGGCCAUAA